UGCUGCUUCAGUUCAGUUUAGCAGCGGAUACAACAGAGCGAGCUUCAAAGAGCCUGUCCGCCCAGAGAGCAAAGGGAACCUCACUCCGGCUGUGAUGCGCAGAGGGGCUCUGCUGGCUGAACAACACUUCGAUGGGAUAAAACCUCCCGGUCACAUUUAACAGCUUAUCGUGUGUGUGUGUGUGUGUGUUUUUGUAUGUGUGUGCGUGUGCGCCGCGAGGACUGAGAAAUGCUCCUGUAGCGCGAGCGCGACUGACAUAAACGCCAGCGUUUUUGCCUCGCAGAAAUAUUUGGAGUUAACUUGGAGACGUUUGGACGCUGAGCAAGUUUUGGUUUUUUUUUUUUGGUAUUAACUUUAAUCACAUUUCAGCCGUUUGCUUGGAGCCCAAAGUCCAGGACGAGAUGGAGAGCGAAAAGUACCUGCCGGAGCUUAUGGCAGAGAAGGACACACUGGACCCGUCUUUUCAGCACUCCCUCAGGCUACUGGAUCAAGAGAUUGAAAAAAUUCAGAAAGAUGAAGGGAAGGAGGAGGAGAAGUUCAUUGACGUCGUCAUCAACAAGAACAUGAAACUGGGCCAGAAAGUUUUGAUACCAGUCAAGCAGUUUCCUAAAUUUAACUUUGUCGGCAAACUCCUCGGGCCACGCGGGAACUCGUUAAAGAGACUACAGGAGGACACACUCACAAAGAUGUCAAUUCUCGGAAAAGGAUCCAUGAGAGACAAAGAAAAGGAAGAAGAGCUACGACAGAGUGGUGAGGCCAAAUAUCACCACCUGAACGAAGACCUGCACGUCCUCAUCGAGGUGUUUGCUCCGCCGGCUGAGGCCUACGCCAGGAUGGGUCACGCUCUGGAGGAGAUCAAGAAGUUUCUCAUACCGGAUUACAAUGAUGAGAUCAGACAGGCCCAGCUGCAGGAGCUCACAUACCUGAACGGCGGCUCAGAGGAUGCCAAGGUGCCAUCGGUGAGGGGCAAGUCAGCCGUCCGUGGAAGAGGGACACCUGCUCCAGGUCCUCCCAGGAGUCGAGGAGGAGUUCCUCCCCUGCAUGCAGCGGUGCCCCGAGGAGCAGCUCCCAGAGGAGCCCCACCCAGCCGGGCCCCAUCCUCCAGAGGGAGGGGGGUUCAGAGAGCCAGAGGCGCUCCCCCAACCGCCGGAUACCGGCCCGCUCCUCCCAUAGUUCAGGACACAUACGGCGAAUAUGAAUAUGACGAUGGCUACGGAACAGCUUAUGAUGACCAGGGAUAUGAAUCAUACGACAACAACUACAGUAAUCAAGGACAAAACUCAGAUGACUACUAUGAAUAUGGACACAGUGGAGAAUCAUAUGAUUCAUAUGGUUUGGAAGAAUGGGCAAACAAUCGCGGCAAGGCACCAUCAGCACGAACAACCAAGGGAGUGUACAGAGAUCAGCCAUACUCCAGAUAUUGAACUGUUUAUACAGCCCACACCUGAGUCCUCAUGGCUGUUUCAACUCAAGUAAUGGAUUUUUUAUGGACGCUCCCACCUUUUUAGAAUUGAAAACUAAAACCGCAAAGUAAUACAAAUGAAACAGCGAUAGUGAAUUAAAACUGGUUUUCGAAAAUGGCACCCCCCUGAUUAUAAAAACAUAUUCCUGCUGGGAAAAAUGUGUAAAAGCAAUUAAGGUAAUCUGUCCUUUCCUCCAGCAGAAAUCGACUGGACAUUGAGAUUAAGACUUUAGUACAUUAAGUUUCUCUCUCAGCUCUGUGAUUGUGAAGAAUGACAUUGUAUCAAGCUAUUUUACUUGGUAAUGAUUGGUGACUAUAAGCUGUCGAUACAAUGUUUCUACACAGCUGCCAGUGCAACUUAAUUUAUCACCCUCUAUUUUUCAGACCUUGAAUUGCGUGGUUGAUCACUUAAAAAUGUAGUAGCUUAGUUCUAGGAAAGUGCAGUACUGUAGAUACUUUUUCUGAGGGGUAAUUGGUGAAAUUGUGUCCCUUGUAAAUGAAGCAUUGACAGACUGAAGAGAAGAGUCUUAUUGUAAACAUAUUGUUUUGCUGUUUCCUCCUUUUUGUAAAAUAAUAGUUCUUUAGUGUUAAAGGGCUUAUAAAAGCAUGGUGUGCAACUGUGGAUAUUGUCAACUGUUUUAUUCUCAACAGGUCUAUGUAGUUGUGUUGAUGAUUCUGGCCCCAAAACAUCCACUUUAAUACAUCUAUAAAUAGCCGCUCAUACUUUCUGUACACCCAACAACAAGAGCUGCAAAACAGGAGCUUUUUAUUUUUUGUGAUUUUUUCUUUUUCUUUUUUCUUUUUUAGAUGCUCUAAAUAAGUAAUUUUGAUGUCAUUCUUUGAUUAAAUACCAGAUACUUUUCUGACUUUGUAGGCAUAAUGAUCAGUUUUAGGAUAUUAAAUCAAAUGCUGAUGAAGUAAUUGACAGAUUUGUUCAACUUUAUUGAUUUUGAGCUUAUGUAAGCCCUUUAAUAUUUUCUUCUUUGUUGAUGCUGAAUAAACAUUUUGAAAGAAAA